UGCUCACGAGCUGCAUCUGGCUGACGAGCCUCAGGUCGGCCACCCCGGUGUAAGACCUAGAACACUUACAAAACUUUGGCUGUAUGCUCUUCUGAGAGACUUCAACAGUGAAUGAAAAGCAUAAUAUAUUCUUGGAUGGCAGGGAUGUAAAAUCUGGUUUAAUUAACCAGUUACAUGUUACGGUUAACUGGUUAACCGCUUAACCAGGAUCCCACAGGCAUGGAGCUGCUGUUACAGUGCAGUGAGCCGGAGGCUGCUCCAGCCCAGCCCACCCACGCUGCUCUUUAAUUGGUUUACAUCCCUGGUUGGUUGGUUGGUAUUCUCUGUUUUACAUAUGGAAGGGAAAGCCUGUAGACAUUCAGAAGAUGUGGGCAUUUCUAGCCAGUGCUGUAUUUUCCAUAUUCACCCAUCAUACCUGUGACUUGAAUGCAGCAGUUAAGGAAGCUGUUCUAAUCUCAUAUCUUCCAUUUAGUUGAAAUGACAGCUUAGUUUAUGAUUAUUUUGUUUCAGUGCUGUUUGCAGUUCCCUAAUAAGCUCAGGAUAAUACUCUUAACUCAGAAAGGGUUUGCAUAUCUAGCCUUACCCCCUGCUGGACCGUCCUUCUUCAGGAAAAACCUCUUCUUGUUCCUGUCUGUAGCCAUGUUUUAAAGGCACAGACAUCUCUGGCAGGCAUUGUGACAGGAAAGCUGGUUACAGAGGAAGCCCGUCAGCACAGAGCUCUCCCAGCUUCACCUGCAUGUGGCCAUGUGUGCAGCUCCAGAGCUCCAAGGACCUUCAAGGGAGCCAGUCCUGGUGCCCACAGCCAAGAAUAAGAGAGCCCCAGCCUGGCCAGGGCCAGAGGUCCUGACAUUGCUCGAACUGUGAGGGGAGGAGGAAGCGGUCCAGGCCCUGCACACCCGGUGCAGGAACACCAACAUCUAUGGCCGCAUGGCUCAGGGGCUGUCCGAUAAAGGACACCACCCCAGGACACUGCAACAAGUCCGAGCGAAAGUCAAAGAGCUUCGGCAGGGAUACGUGAAGGCCCGAGAGCAGAGCUCAGCAUCAGGUGCAGCCUCAGCUCACUGCGCCUAUUAUAAUGAGCUGGACUGCAUCCUGGGAGGCCAGGAACCUAUGUCUGCACCAGUGCUCAUGCAGACAGGGUUGCACACACCGGUGCAGCAGAACUGGCAGGAGGUCCCCAGGGAAGAUGUGGAGGAGGAGGAGGAGCAGACGGAGGACACCCUGACCCUGUCUCUGCAGCCUGUCCCAGAGACCCAGGAAGCCUCGCAGGCAUCCUCCAACGCUGGUGAAGGAACAUCAGCUGGACCUACUGCUGCUGACUGCCGAGCGACACCUGUGCCACCACCCACCCGGUCCCACAGCACCCGUAGGCAUUGGAGGGCCUAUAAUGACCUCUUGCAGGGGCAUGUGGAGGUGAUGGAGAACAUUGAGGGGACCGUGGCCAAAAUGCAGGAGACCAUGGCCGAAAGAACCAGGGAGGAGGCUCGCUGGCAUACUCGCCUGCUUGAGGACUUCCUCCCGCAGUGGAGCGCAAUGUGUGCCACCGUCCAGGAGGCCCUGGCUGUGCCAGGUCCUCUCCCCCUGGGGACUCCUCCUCCUGCCCAUCCAGCUCCAGUCCCCUCUGGCCCCCCUUCCUCUCCCUCAGCCCCUGCCACCCCUCCAGCCCUGGCCCCCCUCCCCUCCCGCUAGAGCAGACUCAUCUUCAGCCCCAAAUCAAGCCCGAGGACGGCAGGGUCCACGGACAAGAGGUGGCAAAGCCUUGCGGACUAGGCAAUACCACCAUGACCCUUAAGUUGUCUGCCCUCCCUCCCACCACAGUUAUAAACACAGGUUAAUAGUUCCAAAAAAAGUUUAUUUUUAACAGUUGUUGAAUAAUACUAUGUUUUAUAACAGUUCCUAAUUCUAACUUUACUUGUUAAUAAACAUGAUAUUUUUCAUAUUUAACAUAAUGUGUGUGUUUCAACUGCUCGGAGGCUGAUGCAGGGAUGGAUUAUGGGAGGGAAGGUUUUGGGACGGGGGGCCCAGGUGCACAGGCCCCAUUGGGGAUACCUUGGGGAGUCAUUGGGCUCCAGCUGAGAAGCGCUCAUGCAGAGCCUCCCAGAUGCAAACCCCCACCUGAUGGGCUUGGCGAACGGCAACUGUCUGAGGCUGCACAAACCGCCUCCCCUCCACUUCAGCCAUUGGCCCCCAACCUGAAAGGAAGGCCUCCCCUUUGCUCUCCACCAGGUUGUGGAGGAUGCAACAUGCUGCCACCACCUCUGAGAUAUUGUGUUCCCCCAUGUCAAGGCGAGUUAGCUGACACCUAAACCUUCCCUUCAGCUGGCCAAAUGCGCGGCCAAAUGCAGACCAGCAUCUCUACGUCCCCAAUAGAAAAGGUUCACUGGGGGAAGAAGGUUCUUGUCUGCAGCCUUUCGUACAGGUGCAAAUUGCAGAAGAUCCGAGCAUCAUGUGCCCGGCCUGACCACCCCACACAAAGGUCCGUAAAUACUCCACGGUGGUCAACCAGGGCCUGCAGCACGAUGGAAAAGUACCCUUUUCUGUUGAUAUACCGGGCAGCUCGAUGGGGUUGUGCACGGAUGGGAAUGUGAAUUCUAUCGAGCGCUCCUCUGGAGUUUGGAAA